CGCUGGCUGACGAGCCGGAGAAGCGCUGGUUCGUACUCAGUAAGGCUGAGUGAACCACACACAAGCCCCGCGUGUGUGCCGUUUGACGAAAAACACACCCCGCCCGUUGCAUCCUUUCUCGCUGGCGGUGAAACGCUUGCGUGUCCGCCGCUGGUGAGUCGGGACCCAGCCCCGGCCCACCGGCACAGCUGCCGAGCUUCCCCCGGCACUGCGGCGGAACAGGGUCCACAGCUAUCACCUGAGUCCGCACGUUUUACAAUUCACUCUGCCACGCCGUGUUUGUUUAAAGCUUAUGAUAAACUUUGCUCUGGUGUUUCCAAGAUAAAUCUGGAGACUGCGCCCAAAAUCCUACACUGACCAAAACACCCAUCUCCACCACCAGCCCCCCUUCUUCUUUAACGUUAUGGUAGCCGACUUUGCUAAAAGCGCGUAAAGCUUUCAAAUAGCGGUAACUGUUUUAAGUUUGAAAUGUAUGAAGAGGCUUUUUAAAAUCACAGAUAUGAUGCGGCGAGUUGUGCGACAGAGCAAGUUCCGGCACGUGUUCGGUCAGGCCGUGAGGAACGACCAGUGCUACGAUGACAUCCGCGUCUCCAGGGUCACGUGGGACAGCUCCUUUUGUGCCGUCAACCCCAAGUUUGUUGCCAUCAUCAUAGAGGCCAGCGGGGGAGGUGCCUUUCUUGUACUUCCUCUCCAAAAGACUGGCCGUAUAGACAAGUCCUACCCGACAGUAUGUGGUCACACGGGCCCAGUGUUGGACAUUGAGUGGUGUCCUCAUAAUGACCUUGUCAUUGCCAGCAGCUCAGAAGACUGCACAGUCAUGGUCUGGCAGAUACCUGAGAAUGGACUGGAAUCUCCCCUUUCAGAGCCUGUGGUUGUGUUAGAGGGACACUCUAAAAGGGUUGGCAUUGUGUCUUGGCACCCCACCGCUCGCAACGUUCUUCUUAGCGCAGGGUGCGACAAUCAGAUCAUCAUCUGGAAUGUGGGCACGGGAGAGGCCAUGAUAAACCUGGAGGAUAUGCACCCUGAUGUUAUCUUUAGUGUCAGCUGGAGCCGCAACGGCAGCCUGCUCUGCACCGCCUGCAAGGACAAGAAGGUCCGCGUCAUCGACCCUCGUAAAAAAAAGAUUGUGGCGGAGAAGGACAAAGCUCACGAGGGGGCUCGGCCUAUGAGAGCGAUCUUUUUAGCAGAUGGAAACAUUUUCACCACUGGAUUCAGCCGCAUGAGCGAGCGCCAGCUAGCCCUGUGGAAAACUGAUAACAUGGAUGAACCAAUUUGUGUUCAAGAGAUGGACACCAGUAAUGGAGUCCUGCUGCCCUUCUAUGACCCUGACACCAACAUAGUUUACCUGUGUGGAAAGGGUGACAGCAGCAUUCGGUACUUUGAGAUUACUGAUGAGGCACCAUUUGUUCACUACCUCAACACCUUUUCCACCAAGGAGCCCCAGAGGGGCAUGGGGUACAUGCCAAAAAGAGGUCUGGAUGUCAACAAAUGUGAAAUUGCAAGGUUUUACAAAUUACAUGAGAGAAAAUGCGAACCAAUCAUCAUGACGGUCCCACGUAAGUCGGAUCUAUUCCAGGACGACCUGUACCCAGACACAGCUGGCCCCGAUCCCGCCCUGGAGGCAGAGGACUGGUUUGCGGGCAAGAACGGUGGGCCCAUCCUUAUCUCGCUGAAAGAUGGCUACGUGUCCACAAAGAACCGGGACCUGAAAGUGGUCAAGACGAAUGUCCUGGAGAGCAAGCCGGCCCCAAAAGCAGAAAACAUUUCGACUGUCCAGAAGCACGCGUCUCCACAGUCCUCAGUAAAAAUGGAAGACAAGCUGGAAGAGGUACUCCGGGAGUUCAAGUCACUCAGGGACCGUGUCAUUCUUCAAGACCGUCGGAUCGCCAGACUGGAAGAGCAAGUUGCAAAGGUCGCCAUGUAAGACGCGGCCCCUUCCCAGGACCACUCGUUGUUUUAGGAGAGAACCGACCAGACGGGGUCAGCCACGGCCAAAUUCUCCCAAUUCGGCUUCAUCGAGCUUGGCGUUGUCCCUGUGAUGAGACCAAGCCUACAUUCCAAGAUGAACUCUUAUCUUUCCUCAUCAAGCCUUCUGUCUCACGUUUCGCCCCGACACACCGAGAAAAGGAAGAACUCUCGCGGCUCAUGUAAACAUCGGAAGCAAAGACAUUUUUGUUGAAGGAACAGUCUUAACUUUCUUUCAUUUGUUCGUUUGGGUUCUUUUUUUUUUCAAAUUGUGGUUCUUACGUGACAUUUGUAUUCUACAACUGUAUGUAGCAUCAGUAUUUCCAUUGUUCUUUUUUGUGUUGCCAAAAAUGGAUUGUGUGCCGUUUCAUGCACUGCUUUUACUUUUUUUUUUCUCCUGUUGUACAUUCCAGUCACAACCUGGUAGAAUGAUAUAGUCAGCCUGGAUCUUUUUAAAAACAAUGUCUUUUUUUUUUUUCCUGCCAUUGGUUUGCUCAAUGAUAAACCAGAUUUAUGAAUGUGGAAAAAUCCCUUCUAAACAUUUUAUUCCUGAUCUUCUGGGCUUUAAAUUUAACUGGGUUUUGAUCGAGGGAGAGGGGUGGGAGGGGUGCGUCUCUCUGGUGUAAAUGUUGUGCAAAUGUAGUGGUGCCUCUUGUCACUGUUAAGGGUCAAAGGUUGCCCUCUCCAGUGCAUAUUGGUGUUGGGAAGGGACCACUCACCCAGCUCGUGUUUCACUCAACCCCCCUCCAACAAACAGUUCUGUGCACAUAUUAAAGAUUUUACACAUGGAAACCUCA